CAAAAUUUACAUGAACUUAUUUUGUUGCAGAAAGCUGUGCUGAAAGUGGAGUUGCAUGAUGAGAAAGCCAAGAAAAAAGCCAUGAAGAUAGUCUCUGGUCUUUCAGGGGUGGAUACAGUAUCCAUCGACAUGAAGGACAAGAAGAUGACAGUGACAGGGGAUAUUGAUCCAGUAUGCAUAGUGGCCAAACUGAGAAAGCUGUGUUGCACUGAAAUAGUUACAGUAGGACCGGCAAAAGAGCCUGAGAAGAAAAAAGAUGAGACGCCGAAGAAGCCAGAAGAAGACAAGAAGAAAGAUCCUGAGCCUGUGGCUUACCUGGCCUAUCAUCCUCAUAUGCACCCAUAUUGUUAUGUUUCAUGUGUAGAGGAUACUCCAAAUGCUUGUGUCAUUUCUUAAUUAGACGUUAAAAACAAAUAUAAUAUAUAGAGAUGAAAUAAGUGGGGAAAAAAAAUAGCUAGCUUAGUGGUGAUUUUGGGAAAUUUGGAUGGUUAUUAGAACUUCGCUAGUGAUUACACUACAGCUGUACAAAAGCUGAUGCUGAUGGUGUCGGGUUGUUUUAUAUUAAUGAAUUGUGGGUCUUAUUUUGGUAUCAAUGCAUACCAAUUUGAUAGUGAUUUUUUAUUAAUGGACA